AUGGCAAUCCAGUAUGCUUUUCCAAAGCUGAUCCAUCUCUCUCGCCCGCUAACAAAGGGUUACCUGACAGCUACCUUAUUCUCUUAUCCCGCCAAGGCAAAGUGGUGCCGCCUUGCCAAAUGGUUCUCAACACUCUCUCCUAAGGAUAAAGCCAAGAUUGUGAAGGAUGUCUCCCAGCUUGUGCUCGCUCGUAGAACGCGCAUGUGCAACUUCCUUGAAUACAAGGAUACCAAGAUUGUCUACCGCCGAUAUGCCUCGCUCUUCUUCAUCGCCGGCUGCUCUUCCGAAGAUAAUGAGCUGAUCACCCUCGAGAUCAUUCACCGAUACGUCGAACAGAUGGAUAAAUACUACGGCAACGUUUGCGAGCUUGAUAUCAUCUUCUCCUUUACCAAGGCGUAUUAUAUUCUCGACGAAAUCCUUCUCGCUGGCGAGUUGCAGGAAACGAGCAAAAAGAAUGUCCUUCGCUGCAUCGGUCAGCAAGAUUCUCUUGAAGAUAUGGAGCAACCUACACCUAUCCACCCAACAUCACCGCAAGCCAGCUGA